GAAUAUAGACGAAAUUUCUUAAUUAAUUAAUCUACAAAUUUCAAAGUACCGUGGCACGUCGGCGUAGUAAUACGGUCCAACCUUCAGGAAGAUUUGCCAUCCGACAGUCUUUCCGUUUGAGCACAGCUACUAGUGAAUCAUGUCGACACAGGAUAGGCGAGAUGAUUGGGAGAGAAAUGGAGGUGGUCCUGAAAAGGAUCCAGGCUUCAAAAGUGGAAGUGGAGGACCACCAGGAAUGGAACCUGAAGGUGAUAUCGAAACCAACUGGGAUGAAGUUGUUGAUAACUUCGAUGAUAUGAACCUCAAAGAAGAACUUUUGCGUGGAAUUUAUGCUUAUGGUUUUGAGAAACCUUCUGCUAUACAACAAAGAGCUAUUGUACCAUGCAUCAAAGGACAUGAUGUGAUUGCGCAGGCACAGUCUGGUACAGGCAAGACUGCUACUUUUUCUAUUUCUAUUCUGCAGCAAAUUGAAACCAACAGUCGAAACUGCCAAGCUUUAAUUUUGGCACCUACUAGGGAGCUUGCUCAACAAAUCCAAAAGGUCGUUAUAGCCUUAGGUGAUUUCAUGCAUGCUGAAUGCCAUGCUUGCAUUGGUGGAACCAAUGUUCGUGAAGACAUGAAGAAACUUGAAAGUGGGUCCCAUGUUGUAGUUGGUACUCCUGGUAGAGUCUUUGACAUGAUUACCCGCAGAGCUUUGAUCACAACCAACAUUAAGAUGUUUGUGUUAGACGAAGCUGAUGAAAUGUUGUCUCGUGGAUUCAAAGAUCAAAUCCAUGAUGUGUUCAAAAUGAUGCCAUCUGACGUUCAGGUCAUCUUGCUUUCGGCUACCAUGCCAAAAGAUGUAUUGGACGUUACCAAAUUGUUCAUGAGAAAUCCAGUCAGCAUUCUGGUGAAAAAAGAGGAAUUGACCCUGGAAGGUAUUAGGCAAUUCUUCAUUAAUGUGGAACGUGAAGACUGGAAACUUGAGACUUUGUGUGACUUGUACGAUACUCUUUCUAUCACGCAAGCUGUCAUCUUCUGUAAUACACGUCGCAAGGUAGAUUUCCUUACUGAGAAUAUGCACAAGAGGGACUUCACUGUUUCUGCCAUGCAUGGUGAUAUGGAGCAGAGAGAGCGUGAUGUUAUUAUGAGGCAAUUCAGAAGCGGAUCUUCCCGAGUUUUAAUCACCACUGAUCUUUUAGCUCGUGGUAUUGACGUACAGCAGGUUUCCCUGGUUAUCAAUUAUGACUUACCUUCAAAUAGAGAAAACUAUAUUCACAGGAUUGGUCGUGGAGGACGUUUUGGUCGUAAGGGCGUUGCUAUUAAUUUCAUAACUGACGAGGACAAACGUACACUGAACGACAUCGAACAACAUUAUAACACUAAAAUCGAUGAAAUGCCAAUGAAUGUGGCUGACCUAAUUUAAUUCGAGACGUGUUGAAUUGCUAUGAGUCCGACGUUGCCUAGAGUUUCCUAUGGUGUGAGUAUUAGCUGCCUGAUCGUGCCCUGACUGCGACCUUAUGCGAAUAUUGUGCGCCAUUUUGUCUCUUUAGGCUAGCGCCGAGUCCUGAGCUACACAGCCGUCAGAUAAACUUUUGAGUGUCUAAUUUUAUACUACAUUUGAGUUAAUCUAAUCGGUAGAUUGUCACUUAGUUUUAGUUUUCAUUAUUAGUGUGUAUUUAUAAUUAAAUAUUGUCAGUGUAUGGGGGCUGAAGGUAAGCCAGCUCGUCUGGCGGUUUGCAUCGGUUCCCUUUUAGUAGUACUUUCCUCUCGACAGAAUUGCUGUCUCUGUAGGGUCGUUAUUGGAUUCUGGAAAGGUUAUUAUAUUUUCAAACGUUGUAGAAGGGCGAAGAAGUCUACUUGUGAAACCGCCUUUUACCAUUGAUUGAUGUUUUUGUAUUAUUAUAAAUUGGAUAUUAAUAAAACUUAUGAUAAAUUU